AUGAAUAAAGUGAAUAAGGUUUUGAAGAUCCUUAAGAAGUCAUCAAGGAGGAAGAAGAGAUGGAGAGAGGAGCUGAGGGUGGAGGAGGAAGGAGAGAGCCAAGAACUCUGUGACCCAAGUGGUUUGUGCCGCCUGCACCUCUGUACCAGUGACGAUGGCCCUUACUCGAAGGGGAGCAAGGACUCUGGUGGGAUGGACGCAGCCCUGGUCUCCAGGAGGCAAAGCAUCCCAGAGGAGUUCAGAGGGGUGACCAUUGUGGAGUUGAUUAAGAAGGAAGGAAGCACCCUUGGGUUAACCAUUUCAGGUGGCACGGACAAAGAUGGAAAACCAAGAGUCUCCAAUCUGAGGCCGGGAGGACUGGCCGCAAGAAGUGACCAGCUGAACGUCGGGGAUUACAUCAAGUCGGUGAAUGGCAUUAACCUGACCAAGCUGAGGCAUGAUGAGAUCAUAAGCCUGCUGAAAAACGUGGGCGAAAGGGUAGUGCUGGAAGUAGAGUAUGAGCUUCCGCCAGCCGUGCCAGAUAGCAGCGCUGGCAUUAUUCCCAAGACCAUUGAAGUGUCACUCUACAAGGAAGGCAACAGCUUUGGCUUUGUGCUGAGAGGGGGAGCCCAUGAAGACUGGCACAAGUCCAGACCGCUGGUGCUCACCUACGUGAGGCCAGGUGGCCCAGCAGACAGGGAAGGUUCUUUGAAAAUUGGGGACAGGCUGCUGAGUGUCGAUGGGAUCCCUCUGCACAGCAUGACCCAUGCCGAUGCCCUCAAUAUCCUGCGGCAGUGCAGCCAGGAGGCACUUUUCCAGAUUGAGUACGAUGUGACCAUCAUGGAUACUGUAGCAAAUGCUUCAGGUCCUUUACUAGUUGAAAUAGCAAAGACUCCAGGUUCUACACUAGGAAUCACACUGACAACAACCACACACCGGAACAAGCAAGUCAUUGUCAUUGACAAGAUCAAGCCGGCCAGCGUGGUGGACAGAUGUGGUGCACUGCACAUUGGCGACCAUAUUCUCUCCAUUGAUGGCACGAGCACAGAGCACUGCUCCUUAUUAGAGGCAACUCAGCUUUUAGCUGCCACUUCGGAAAACGUCAAGCUGGAGAUAUUACCUGUUCACCAAAGCAGGCUGCCUUUGAAGCCUCCAGAAACAGUCAAGGUGCAGAAGAGUGACCACCACCACUGCUGGGACCCCUGUGUCAACUACUGUCACACCCACCACCCUGGGCACUGCAAGACACCCACUUGGAACCAGAUGCCUGGACAGGAUUACUGCAAAUCUCUGGUGGCUGCCAACUUCUCAUCUCCUACCAUGAACGCGCAGGGCUUCCCCUGUCAGAACUCAAACACGCUACCUCGCAGCUCCCACCCCAUGAGCCCCCGCACCACCAUGCUGAGGAGGAGGCAGAAGAAGAAGGAGCACAAGAGCUCACUGUCACUGGCCUCCAGCACAGUGGGUCCUGGCGGGCAGAUAGUCCACACGGAGACAACAGAGGUGGUGCUCAGGGGAGACCCUUUGAAUGGCUUCGGACUUCAGCUCCAGGGAGGCAUCUUUGCUACCGAAACCCUGUCUUCCCCACCUCUCGUCCGUUUUAUUGAGCCUGACAGCCCGGCAGAGAGGUGUGGGCUGCUACAAGUAGGAGACAGAGUCCUUUCUAUCAACGGUAUUGCAACUGAGGAUGGGACAAUGGAGGAAGCUAACCAGCUUUUACGUGAUGCUGCACUCACAAACAAAGUGGUGCUUGAGAUUGAAUUUGAUGUCGCAGAGUCUGUCAUACCCAGCAGCGGUACUUUCCACGUUAAAUUGCCCAAGAAAAGGGGUGUAGAGCUUGGAAUUACAAUCAGCUCUGCAAGCAGAAAGCCUGGGGAGCCUUUGAUCAUCUCUGACAUCAAGAAGGGGAGCGUAGCACAUAGAACUGGAACCUUGGAGCCAGGAGACAAGCUGUUAGCCAUUGAUAACAUCCGACUCGACAAUUGCUCAAUGGAGGAUGCUGUGCAGAUUUUAAGGCAGUGUGAAGACCUGGUCAAAUUGAAGAUUAGGAAGGAUGAAGAUAACUCUGAUGAGCAGGAGACAACGGGUGCUAUUAUCUACACAGUGGAACUGAAACGAUAUGGCGGCCCCUUGGGAAUAACCAUCUCCGGGACAGAGGAACCUUUUGAUCCUAUUGUCAUUUCAGGCUUGACUAAACGAGGCCUGGCAGAAAGAACUGGAGCCAUCCACGUCGGUGACCGGAUAUUAGCAAUUAAUAAUGUGAGCCUCAAGGGCAAACCGCUGAGCGAAGCCAUUCACCUGCUGCAGAUGGCGGGAGAGACGGUCACUCUGAAGAUCAAGAAGCAGACAGAGAAAUCCUAUCCCAAGAAGUCGGGGAGUAUAAAUGAAGUGAGUGACCCAGAAGAUGAACUGACGGACUCCCAGAAAACUAGCAAGCUGUCUGAGAUAUACUCCACCACACUUCCUAGCGUGGACAGUGCUAUGGAGUCCUGGGAUGGCUCUGGCAUUGAUGCUGGGUAUGGAAGCCAAGGUACGUACAUACCUCAGGCUGUGGGCAUAGCCCUCCAUCCACAUGAAUGGAGGCACAACAGGCAGAAGAGCAGCACCCCUCCGGGGGAUCCCAGGAAAAAUUACCCCUACAUGGAUGGAAGCUUCAGUGAAGAUGACUGGGACAAGCCCAGCAGAUACCCCAACCGCCAAAAUGGCCUUGAGACCACUCACGAGGAUAGUUUUUGGCGUGUUUUUGGAGAAGCUUUGGAGGAUUUGGAAACAUGCGGCCAGUCUGAACUUUUGAGGGAGAUCGAGGCAUCCAUCAUGACAGGGAGCGUGCACAACCUGGGCCUGGAGGGCAACAAGCUACUCCUGGACUCUGUCAACCCGUCGGGACUGAGCCCACUAAGGAAAGCAAACUCCAGCUGUGAUGACAGACAGACUGAGGGCAAUGGUUCCCCUGCCAAGAAGAAUGACAGGAACUUGGACAUGAAGAAGAUUGAAAAGGAAAUGCAGGAAAUCAUGUCUCCUACCCCCCUUGAGUUUCACAAGAUGACACUCCACAAAGACCCAGAGAGUGAAGACUUUGGAUUCAGCGUGUCAGAUGGCCUGUUAGAAAAAGGUGUCUAUGUAAAUAUGGUCCGUCCGGAUGGACCAGCAGAUCAGUGUGGCCUCAAGCCAUAUGACAGAGUCCUUCAGGUAAACCGCAUCCGAACGAGAGACUUUGACUGCUGUCUGGCUGUUCCCCUGAUUUCGGAGGCUGGAGAUAAGCUGGACCUGGUGAUUAGCCGGAACCCCUUGGCAGCGGUUGCCAAUGCUGCCCCGGAGGGUAACGGAGAGCUGUCGGCACAGGCGGCCUGUGGAGCUGAGGUCAAGGCGAGCGUCCAGACGCUCUGA